AUGUCUGCAGGUCAUUUUCUGUCUAUUCUCUGCACAGCGCCACUGUCCAAACCUACCAUUCUCACCUCCAACAAUACUGAAGUGGAGACCAAAGACUUCUCAUUGACCUGCUAUGCUACAGGUCAAAUUCACGCUUACAAGUGGUUCAUAAACGGAGUUGCCCCAGCUGGUCGCAGGAUACAGCUGUCGCCAGAUAGGAGGACAGUCACUCUCCGCAGUCUCACAAGAAGCUUUAACAAAGGGCCCUAUGUGUGUGAAAUCGAGAACCCAUUUUAUCACAAUAGGAGUGAUCCAUUCACACUGGAUGUUGCCUAUGGCCCAGAUAUCGCCACAAUUGUACAUUCAGCCGAUGAGUACCCUCCUGGGGCAAAUAUUACCUUGAGCUGUGUUGCUGAUUCUAACCCAGCAGCACGAUUCACUUGGUUACACAAUGGACAACCUGUCAGCAACUCAGCCACAUUUUCUGUUAUUGCAUCCCUGAAUCAUGCUGGCACUUAUACCUGUACUGCAUCUAACUCAUUCACUGGUUUGACGCGUACUGCAACCAAGAAUAUUAUAAUCUAUGGUGAGUAUCUGGAUUGGGCCCCCAACUUUGUGUGGGGCUCUCUCUUUCCCUGGCAUGACAGAAAUAGACAAAAGUGACUCUCUCCCCCCCCUGGUCCCAUGGCACAGUGCAUUGUGGUAGAAAGAGCCCUGAGCUCAGAAUCAUAAAACUUGGAUAGAAUCCUUUCUUUUCUGUCUACUCUCUGUGUAGUAAAUGACUCCUCCUUUUGAGGCCUCAGUUUCUUUAUCUGGAAAAAUGAAUUACAUUUUCUCUGUAUAUAAUAGCAUUCUAUGAGUAAAGGUCCUUUUUAUAUGGUAGGUAUAAAAAGCAUGUGAGUUGUCUUCAUCAUCCUUGUUAUUGAUAUUGUAUUAUUCUCUUCUGUCCUAGUGAUAUACAACCUUCUUCAUCUCCCAAAUUCUAGGACCGCAGGUUCAAUGACUGCCCAAUACUCUUUCCUUCAAUCCCUUUCCCUUGGUGCUGUGGAACCACGGAAUAUUUCUAGUCUUGGUUGGAGUAUAAGCUAUGGUCAUGCAAUGGGGCUGGCCUUGAUUCCCCUUGGUAGGGAAAUUCUGGAGAUGGAAAGGAAGAUAUCAACUUUGUCUCCUUUCACACAAAGAGAUUCACCAUUGGACAUAUAUUUUCCUCUUUGUGGCAUUAAAUGCCACAUGGAAGCAUGUCUCUUGUGAAGCCUGGUUCUGAUCUAUUGGCUUUAGCAUUCAGUAGCUGGAUCCACUGUAGAAUUCCUGCUGCCCAAUUAAUUCACUGGUCUGACUUUCCUAUGUACAGAUGACAGACCCUCCAUUCCCAUAAUCACAUUAAUGUACAGCAGGACCAUAGAGAGAUCAUCUCUGGCCUUAGUUUCCUUUUAUUUCAUGUUGUUUUAUUGUUACAAACCUUAGGGGUAUCCCAACUUCCUGUCCCUACCUCUAGGAAUGUUCUGAAUGGAGAGCAGGGGGGAGAGAUAGAAUUGUGAAGUGGGGAAGUGACCUUGGGGAAGUCAGACACCAACAGGAUAUACUUCAGAGGUGGAAUGAAUUUUUAUUGGCCUCAAUCUGUACAUGAGGAUGAUGAAAGCACACAUUUUAAAUGAUCAUAUAAUUAUCUCUGUGUCAUUUUCUUUUGUUAACUAUUUUCCAAUUACCUUUUCCCCUGGUUCAUGCAGCACCUGAGAAUGUUGCAGGCUAUGUAUUUGACACCCGUGGUUGAAAAGAGCUUUUUCUUAAUUUAUUUUUUCCAAUUAACUAAAAUCUAUUUUCUGUCCCCCUUCUACCUUCUACCAGUAAUGAAAACUAAAAUCUUUGGGACAGGUAUGAGUUGUGCCUGCCUGUAGCCACAAAUUAAUAUAUUCCUAGGUGGACACCUGAGAAGGAGAGUUAGAAACUGAGAGAAAAUGGGUGAAGUGGAUAUAGAGAAAGAGGAAAUAGAACAAAGGAAGAGAGACUCAGAGACAAGGCUUCAAGAGCUUGGGAUCCAGCCUGUGUGCUCCUCUGAUGGUGGUAGAGAGAAAGAGAGAGUGAACUAUAUAUGUCCUCAAUCUUUUAUUGGAGGAUCAAGGAAUGGGGAAUGGAGGUAGCUAAUGAUCAUUUUACAAGGCACAAGACUUAACAUUGGUUCAACUGACUACCACAAGAUCAAAUAGGAGGGGUUUAUUCAAACAUGUGACCUGGUAUGGAAUCUGGUCAGACAAGGUGUGAACUAGGACCCUAUGGCAGCUUACCCGGGAAUUCUUCUUAUUUUUGGACUGUAGAUUUGGAGAGUAGUCAGAAUUAAUACAGUACCUAUAAAAUGCAAUGAUCAAGACUAAUAAGCCUAUGAAUCCGGUACAUGAGCACAUAAGUUGCAAUAUUUACAUAUUAAUAAUUGUUUCAAGAUUAAAAUACAUGUAUGAUGCCACAUGGACAAUCAAGGAAAACUAAUUUCAGAGCUCAAAAAAUAUGUGUUGCAACUUACACCCUCAGUCCAUCCCAUUUCUGAAGAGAGGCAGCUGAUUUCAUAGGAAGUCUAUAGCUUUUUGUAGAAAGUGAGUAACUUAUUUCAUCAUGGGUCUUCUGCAGUCCUGGUUGGUCAGGGCAGUGAUGAGAGGUCCCAUGGGUUUCCAAGUUGUUUGCCUUCAGAACAAUGUUGGUAUUGUAUAUAUUAUCUCUUGGUUCUACUCACUUCAUUCUGUAUCAGUUCAGAUAAAUCUUCUGAAGUUUCUUUUCUUGAACUCAUUCUGUUCAAUGUUUCUAUGAGUGACUUGGAUCAAAUGAAAUAAUAUCUGUAAAGAGUUUUGUAAAUCAUGACCAUUAAUGUUCUACUAAUUCUACAGACAAGCAGAAGGCCUAAUUUUGAAACUGGAAAGAAAAAAAGAAAUAAUGUGUGACAAAGUGUGGGAGUAAAAACACGGAGGAAAGGCAACUACUUGACUACAGUUGUUGAGGGGAUAUGAUUGAGGAGAAAUGCUAAAUGAGCACCCUAAUGCAAAUACCAACAGCAAGGAAUAGGGUUCGGAACAAGGGCACAUGUGAUACCCAGUGGAAUCACACGUUGACUUGGGGAGGGUUGGUGGAAGGGGAGGUGAGGAAAAGAAAAUGAUCUCUGAUUCCAAUGAAUAAUGUAUGAAAAUGACCAAAUAAAGUAAUGUUUAAAAACU